CUUUACAGCACCGCUGUAAAAUUGAAACUUCAAAUUCAAUCUAAGUUUUGUUUUCUCAGAAAUCAUCUCGACGGAAGGAGUUUAUUAAUUCGCAAUGGCGACUGUGGUGGACCUUAAGGUCGAUCGCAAUCUGUUGUGUCACAAUUUCGAUGGCUACAAGCUCAGCUUCGAUCCGGUGCCGAUCGUGCGCCAAGACAUCGAAGACAAGCCUUUGAAAUACGAGAUGCACGAAAGUGAAUAUUCGCGGCUGCAUACCGAAUUGUUCGCCAGGCACAAUUUGCUUUUCUCCGAUCCCUGGUCCCGAAGCAAUACCUAUUUCGUAAAUACAAACCAUGAGGUGGUCUACUGCUCGUAUGACGAGAUACGCGGCAAGGCACGCGAGCCGCUGGUCGUUUACAAAAUGCAGUUCGAGGAUAACGUAGAUGGCCAUUACAAACCUGGAGACUAUAACUAUACUUUACGUUUUAUCUCCGAGAAGUAUUGUGUGCUGUGCGACGGCAAGCUCAACUACUUUCUGCUCGAGACGGGCGAUCGCAGGCGGCACACAGAUUGGCGUUUAGUGACCCAGGCGCGUGUAACGGAUAACACCGAGUUCCGUGGCUUUGUGCUGUACGAUGCCAGGCUAGACAUUAUGCAGGAGCGCAAGCGAAUCUCUCUGGUUUCCGGGCAUUUGACGCGCUCGAAGUCGAUGGACCGGUAUGUGGUGCUGCUUACUUGGUCGUACUGGGCGCUGGAAAAUCAGAAGGCGGCCGUCUGGAAAUAUUUUCAACGUGAGGAACUACAGAUCACAGGCGGGGUUUAUUACUGUGCUUUUGAACCACGCUCUGAAUCCAUCAUAGUUUGCAGCAAUGGGCAACUUAAAACGACAGCAGCGACCCGCACGGACGCCCUAGAGGAGAUAGAUAAAUUUUCUUUUUCCGAAUAUUUCUGGACCCAGACAGAAAACGAUAUCGUCGUAAGACUCUUUGAGCCCGCGUUCAUCAGCCUGGAAGAUUACGAGUUCAGCAGCAGCCCCACCACCGUGAAAUUAAAGUUGUAUGGGCAGACGCUGCUGAGUGGCUCACUCUAUGCGAGAGUCCGUGAUGACCUCACCAGCAUUCGCUUGGAAGAUGAUAGAGCGAUGCUAAAGAUGGUCAAAGAGAAACCUGGUAUAUGGCCGCAACUGAUUCUGUCUGAGGAUGAGGACGCGGAUGAGGAUGAUCCCUUUGAGGAGGGAGUCGAGGAAGAGCCAGAAUCAUCAGAAGCUGAGCCAGAACGUCUGCCAAUACCAAAUUUGGAGGAGCCCCUUGAGGAAUGCGACCUUGCUAUGGCCACAGACGAAGAGGAGAUCCAUAUGGUUCGCUUUAAUAUCACCGAUUCCGAAAUUACACACAAAAUUUCAUUGGGGUAUAGUCCGCCGCUGUUUACCACCACGCUGCGUGCUGGGUAUCCUGCAGCGUUCGCUACACGCGAGGGCGUGGACGCCGCCCUCUGGCUACAGUCCUACCAGCCAGUCAAUCCAUCAGAUUGGAAGGUCCGCCACGAAGGCAAUUUACAUGCUUUUGGCUAUGUGCAGGCCUCCAAGCAGCAGCGCAAAUUCACUGACUGCUGUCCCGAUCUAGAAUUUGCUGUAAUUGCGGAGGCUCAGCGCCAUGUGUACAUUUAUAAGCCGCAUAACGAAUCCGCCGGAGGAUUGCGCAAUCGCUACGGGCCGCAGGUGAUGAUUGGCAAGCAACAUUUAGUUACAUUGGACGAGGAUAUGGGUGAAAUACUGGGCAUGGCGACUGCCACGAAUCUGAUUACUUUGCUCACCGCGAAAGCUGUACUUUUUCUCCAGGUCUAAAAUAAACAAAACAAUACAAUAAAUGUAAUCACAUAU